AUGCGCUUCUUCGACUUCAUCCUCCCUCUCGUCCUCCUCGCAAGCCCCAUCGCGGCCGAAACCAUCACCUGCACCGGCAAAGACACCUCCACCAAGAAAAACAAAUCAUGGAAGGUCAGCGUCGAAACGGCGAAAGAGGAAAUGAAAAAGGCGGGCAUCUCCACGCAGGGCCGGACCGGCUACCCGCACGCGUACCGCAACUUCCAGGGCCUGGACUGGUCCGUGGCAACGUGCAAGAAAACCAACAUUGACUUGUUGGAAUAUCCGGUUUUCUGGGUGGGCCAUUCGCAGCUGGAUAAUACCGUCCUGACGAAGGAUCAGGCGAAGACUCCUAUCCGCGUGGUCUAUGCCAAUGACGGCGGCGCGGCUGUCUACUGUGGUCUGAUGAUUCACGAAGAGGUGACCCGGGAGGCUGAUGUCAAUCGGGAGCAGUCCUGGCAGGGGUUGGAGGGCUUUCAUAUUUGUGAGUAG